UCAUGGGGCCCCCGGGCAAUAGGGGAUCAUGGGGCCCCUGUGUCCUUGCCCAAACUCAAAAAAGCCUAUGAAAAAGGUACCAGGGGCAUCUCAUGGGGCCCCCCUACUGACCCCAGGCCCUCGGGCAGUGCCCAAGUUUCCAAAUGGUCAGUCCGCCCCUGUGCAUACCUAUCACAGUACACAAACGGCAUUUCCCAAAGAAUGGUAGCUGUCCAGUAGUCUGGUGUUCCGAGACAGAUUCCUCUAGCGACCUCAGUCAAUGGUAGCAGACACUAGUCA